GCUCAGGGUGUCCUGUUUUGUGUCCUGCAGGUGCUCCAGGUGGCUUCUCUCGCCGAUGAACCCUUGGAAGUGACCAGUGAGGAGCUGCACGAGCUGGAGGAUGCUGCUGCUCCAGGUGAAGAUGCCGAGGUGGCCGCGGGGACGAACGGGAAGGGAAGCCCCGAGGAGGCCCCCAAUCCAGUCCUGUUCCUGAACAGCACGGGGCCUGGGGAAUCCCAGCGUUCCACCCUCCAGAGCGUGAUCAGCGGCGUUGGGGAGAUGGACAUCGAGAAGGACUCUCCGAAGAAGGAGGACACCCAGGCCAAGGACCUGCCCUACCCAGACUGUCCCUUCCUGCUCCUGGACGUGCGGGAUCGCGACGCCUACGACCAGUGUCACAUCGUGGGAGCUUAUUCCUACCCUAUUGCCACGCUGUCCAGGACCAUGAAUCCAUACACAAACAGUAUUCUGGAAUAUGUAUCCUUUCCGCGGAAAAUGCUGGCACAGGGAAAAAAAUCAGUGGAAUAUCCAUCAAAUCCUUUGGCUUCCUCUGGGCUAACGUGGAUCUGUGUCCCUGCAGGCCUGAAGGUCCUUGCACAGAAGAUCCCAGAGGGAUUGAUCACGGGCACACUCCCGCUGUCCUGCCAGGUCCCGGCUCCCCCGGGAUCCGCCCGAAGGAAAACCUCUCCCAGAGUCCCUCCCACGCGAGCUGAGAACAAGUGGAGGUUCUCUGCAGAUGAUCUCCAGAAGCUGAAGUACUACCUGGAGGAGGAGCACAUUCCUUUGGACACUGCCAGCCGCCUGAGCCGUGGCAUUUCCAGCCGGGAUUCCAAGCCCACGUCCAUGAGGAGCAGCCCCAGCCUCCACGGCUCCAACGCGGGCUCCCUCAGCUCCCGUACGCUCAGCAGGACCAGCCUCCAGAACAGGCCCUGGAAAUAACCGGUGGGGUCUCCUCCCACCGAAUAAAGGAUUAUCCAGGUUUUGGGAAUACCCUGAGCAGUGCAGCCCCUUUGUGGUUUUAGGAAUCCGCAGGGAAAAGCAGCCGGAGGUGUGGAAAAGGCAGCUCGGGUCAGGCUUGGAGAGCUGGAAUGGGGUUUCCUGGAGGCAGGAAUGUCAUCCCACAGGUUUGUAGGGUUGGGAGCAAACUGGUAGUGAAGUCUGGGACCAGUAGGAACUUCCACCAAGCUUUUAGUCCAGGGGAUGGAAUUUGCAUCCGUGACGUUCCCUGGAGCCACCUGUGGACACACACGGAGGUGAAGGGGCCAGAACUGUCCUGGGAGAACAGACAAGAGACAAAGACACUCAGCAAGUUGCCAAAAUGGAGAAAAGAUCCUUAAAAAGGCGGUUUUUUUGGGGGGGGGGUAUUUUAAUUAAAUUAUGAUAAUGAGCAGAAGUAUUUCUAAUAAAGGUGGUUUUGGAAAUCGGCCCAAGGUGGCGCUGGGACCUGAGGGUCGUGUUUGCUCCUGGACACUUGGAACUGUUGCGUCUUUUUCUGGAAGUUUAUUCCCAGUUACACCUUUCCCAGAGUUUUUUUAGGAGCUUCUUUUGAGGUUUUGGUGGCUCAAGGGGAAAUUUCCUGCUGCUGUUGAACCGGGAUCCCUAAAUCCCAGCAGGGACCUGGAAUGUGGAGCUGAGCAAGGGUGAGGGUUUCCUGGAAAAUGAGAGGCACGGUUUUCCUUCUGGGAAUCAUCUGGUUUUCCCUGGUGACAAAGCAGAGCUGCCUGAGUGAGGCUUAGAAAAGACCUGCUCUUUAGUCUUGAGUUACAGCCUUGCUGAGCCUGGUCCAGCUUUGAUUAUCGUGGGGGUUUUUGUGUGAGUUUUUGGAUUUCAGUGCUUUCUUCCCCCUCUUUUUGAAGCAGAAAAUGUUCAAACCCUCCCCAGAAUUCGCUGGUGAUUUUGGGGUAAUUCUGGUGAAAGGGCAAAGGGGGAGGAAUUGCACAGAAUUCCCAGUUUGGAAGGUUAAGGCUCAACAUCCCCUGAGCGCUUUUAUGAUGUUUGUUGUGUCUCUGAGUGUUCAAUCAGACGAUUCCAGACUCCAGGAACGGAAGUUUUAGUCUGUUAAGAGCCAUAUCCUUGGGCUUCUCCGGGAAAGAGGGAGGAGAUCCACACAAAAUUGGGAUUCUGUGUCAGGAUCAUCCACAGGGAAAGUGAAAUAAAUAAAUCAAAGCUAAAGGAUGCUUCUGAAGGAAUUUGGUGUUGAAGCACCACAGAAAUAUCCCAUUUAGCUUUGGAAGUUGGGAUAUGACUUGUGCAGCAGCUCCAUUUUUAUGUUGUGGUGGAAAACGUGGAAUAAAGCAGCAUCUCCUGCGUAAUUCAGGAGAAUGAUCCCCCCUCUCCACGGAGCUGGAUGUGCACAGGGACGGGGAGAUCCAAGGGAGCCCCAGGACAAGAGGGAACAGCCUCAAGUUGUGCCAGGGGAGGUUCAGGUUGGAUAGCUGGGAAAAUUCCAUCAUGGAAAGGGUGCCCAGGGCAGUGGUGGAGUCCUCGUGCCUGGAAGGAUUUAAAAUCCCUGUGGAUGUGGCGCCGGGGGACGUGGANGUGCAGGUGGC